UCAGUUUCAGGGUCUCGCCGGCAGCCCCGGCCGGCGGGCGCGCGGCGGGCAGCGGGGCCCGGGCGGCCGGGUCCUUAGGGGCCCCGGAGCAGGCAGGCGGCGUCCGGGAGUCCCCGGAGGAGGAUGGGCUGCGGACACAGCCGGCCGAGCUGCUGCAAAGCCCCCAAAAAGAGGCACCGAAAACCAGAUCAGCCACCCAGACCACAGCCACAGGAAAUAGGUCCCCUCAAUGGGGACACAGCCACAACUGUCCAGCUCUGCGCAUCUGAGGAGGCUGAACGGUGCCAGAAGGAAAUAACCAGAAUUCUCCAGCAACACGAAGAGGACAGGAAGAAAUGGGCACAACAGGUGGAGAAGGAGAGGGAGCUGGAGCUUCGAGAGAAACUAGAUGAACAGCGAAGAGCCCUGGAGGGAGAGCAUGAGGAGGCCUUGCAAGUCCUCCGGGCCUCACAUGAACAGGAGAAGGAAGCCCUUACCCACUCCUUCCAGGAGGCCAAGGAGACCUUGCAGGGAACCAUUGAUGGACUGUCCUCACAGCUGGAGGUCUUCCAGGCCAAGAUGAAGAGGGUAGAAGAGUCCAUUCUGAGCCAAGACUAUAAGAAGCACAUCCAGGAUUACGGAAGCCCCAGCCAGUUCUGGGAGCAGGAACUGGAGAGCUUACACUUUGUCAUCGAGAUGAAGAACGAACGUAUCCAUGAGCUGGACAAGCGGCUGAUCCUCAUGGAAACAGUGAAAGAAAAAAAUCUGAUGUUGGAGGAAAAAAUCACCCUUCUGCAGCAGGAGAAUGAGGAGCUCCAUGUCCGGGGUCGCAACCAGAUGGUUAUGUCCAGGCAGCUCUCGGAGGACCUGCUUCUCGCCCGCGAGGCCCUGGAGAAGGAGUGCCAGUUGCGGCGACAGCUCCAGCAGGAGAAGGAGGAGCUGCUGUACCGGGUCCUUGGGGGCCCCGACGCCUCCCCCGCCUUCCCUCUGGCCUCAGUCACCCCCACCGAGGUCUCCUUCCUCGCCAGCUAGGACACAGGGCCAGGACGUCUGUG